CAGUGACGGUUGCGUCGCGAUAGCCUGAUCUUUGAUGGGGGAUAUCGGCGUCAUUUGGGCUCUAGCUAAGCGCGUUGCUGACAUAGAAUUCUAUGGAGAGCUCGAGCCAUGAUGGAUACUGCAGGUCUGUAGUGUAAUGCCUUAUGUCAUGUGAAGUUUGAAGUGUACCUAUCUGCAAACGUCGCUUAACGUGUCGUUGCGAAAGGGAGCCAAGGUGUUCGCAGGAUGCUGAAGGUGGUUUUCCUGCACCCCGACCUGGGCAUCGGAGGGGCUGAGCGGCUGGUGGUGGACGCAGCUGUGGCCCUGCGCUCCCGUGGCUGUGCCGUGCAGAUCUGGACGGCGCACUAUGACCCCCGGCACUGCUUCCCGGAGACCCGUGACCCGGACCUCCCUGUGAAAUGCGUGGGGGACUGGCUGCCCACCAGUAUUUUCGGGUACUUCCACGCUCUGUCUGCCUACGUGCGCAUGGUUUACGUGGCCCUGUACCUCAUCUUCCUCAGUGGGGUGGAGUUCGACGUGGCCUUCUGUGACCAGGUGUCGGUUUGCAUCCCCAUCCUGAGGUUGGCUCGCCGGAGGAAGAGGGUCCUGUUUUAUUGUCACUACCCUGACCAGCUGCUCACCCGGCGGCACUCGGCCUUGAAGAGAAUCUACAGGGCACCCAUCGACUGGCUGGAGGAGAUCACCACGGGCAUGGCAGACUGUGUGCUGGUCAACAGCCGCUUCACGGCCGGCGUCUUCAAGCGCACCUUUGCCAGCUUGGUGGGUGUCCGCACGGAUGUCCUGUACCCCUCCCUCAACCCGGCGACCUUCGACGGGGAGCUGGAGGAGCUCGACGGCCUCGUGCCGGACAGCAAACGCUGGCUGUUCCUCUCCAUCAACCGCUAUGAGCGUAAGAAAAACCUUCCACUGGCGGUACAUGCUCUGGAGGCUCUUCUGGCCCGGUUGAACCCGGAGCAGCGGGAGCAGGUCCACCUGGUGCUGGCGGGCGGCUAUGACGAGCGGGUGGUGGAGAACGUGGAGCAUUUCUCAGAGCUGAAGGCCCUAGUGUCGAAUUUGGGCCUGGAGGGCUAUGUGACGUUCCUGCGCUCGCCGUCAGACCAGCAGAAGGUUUCGCUUCUGCACCACAGCAGCUGUGUGCUCUACACACCCAGUGACGAGCACUUCGGCAUCGUCCCCGUGGAGGCCAUGUACACACGCUGCCCCGUCGUCGCCGUCAACUCCGGCGGCCCGCUGGAAUCCGUAUCCGACAAAGAGACUGGAUUCCUGUGCCCGGCCCGAGCAGCGAGCUUCGCCGAAGCCAUGGAGAAGUUUGUGAAUGACCCACAGCUCCAAAGGGAGAUGGGGGAGGCGGGCAGGAGGCGCGUCCUGCAGAGGUUUUCCUCAGAUGCCUUCUCGGAGCGGCUCUACCGAUACAUCUCUCAAAAUAGCGUCGUGGCAGAAUGAUCUCCCUGGAGACCAAUGCGCAUUCUCCUGACCAUCGCAGGCAACGCUCCAGACGAGCCGUCUCUCGGCCGGCUAUCGAAGGCAUCCAGCCCCCUGAAAGGAGACAGGAAGGUGAACUUAAUGACUAGGCAGCGAUCUGACUAUGCCUGGUACGGGACAAAGUCCUCCUUUGAAGGUUGUUAGGGAAUGUUUCUGCCACUAUGAACACCUUAUUUAAGAUGUACAUUUUUAUCUCUGUAUUAUGUAUUUUUUCCCUCCUGCAAGUAGCUGUGGUCUGUUAAUAAAGUGAGGAAAUGAAGGCAUGACACUCUGUAGCUUUUCAAUCCACUUUUUAAUGUCGGGUCAGCUGUAUAUGCAGGUAUACAGUGGCAUGAAACUGUUUCUGGUGUUUAGACUUUGUUGCAUAAAGAAUCAUACUUGA